CAACUCUCCAUACAAUAACACCAUCCCUUGUUGAACACUUCCUCUCUCCCCUUAAACACUGUUGCCCCUCUUCUUUCAAUGGCUUCCUCUCUGUCUUUAAGACUGGUUAUUUGGGGUCUUUUGGCUGUGGCCUCUAUGGCCAAUUUCUACUCAGAUUUUGACAUAACAUGGGGAAACGAUAGGGCUAAGAUAUUAAACAAUGGUGAGCAGCUUCACCUCUCACUAGAUAAAUACUCUGGCUCUGGUUUUCAAUCCAAGAAUGAAUUCCUCUUUGCGAACAUCCAUAUGCGCUUGAAGCUCGUACCAGGCAACUCUGCAGGCACUGUUACUGCCUAUUAUUUAUCUUCACAAGGCCCCACCCAUGACGAAAUCGACUUCGAAUUCCUGGGGAAACAGGGAGCAACAGUUCCACUUAUGGUUUGAUCCAACCAAAGACUUCCACACCUACUCCAUCUUGUGGAACCCAAACCACAUCAAGUAAGAACUCUUUCUCUCUCUACACACUCACAUUCAUC